AUGACAAACAACUAUCACUUCCGGGUUUGUAACCAAUAGCAGUACAAGCAGAAGGUCACGUGUGGUGCUCUUUCUGCUCUUUGACGUUUAGUGUGUCGGACCUGAGCAGAGGCAGCAGUGAAAGGUGCACUAUGGGCCGCCUCGACGGGAAAGUGAUUGUGUUGUCAGCUGCCGCCCAGGGGAUUGGACGUGCUGCAGCAAUAGCAUUUGCAAAGGAGGGAGCUCAAGUCACAGCAACAGACAUCAAUGGAGAGAAGCUGAAAGAGCUGGACGGCGUUCCAGGGAUCAAGACAAAGGUCGUGGAUGUAACUAAGAAGGACCAAGUGGAAGCCUUAGCCAAGGAACAUGAGCGUGUGGAUGUGCUCUUCAACGUUGCUGGGUUUGUGCACCACGGCUCCAUCCUGGACUGCGAAGAGGCCGACUGGGACUUCACGAUGAACGUGAACAUCCGGAGCAUGUAUCUCAUGAGCAAAGCUUUCCUGCCUAAGAUGUUGGCAAAGAAGUCAGGAAACAUUAUUAACAUGGCAUCUGUUGCAUCAAGCAUUAAAGGUGUUGUGAACCGGUGUGUCUAUAGUACCUCCAAGGCUGCAGUGAUCGGGCUCACCAAAUCUAUAGCGGCUGAUUUCAUUGAGCAAGGCAUUCGCUGUAAUUGUGUUUGUCCUGGUACUGUUGAUACUCCGUCACUGAGGGGAAGGAUCCAGGCCCAACCUGACCCAGAACAGGCUUAUAAGGAUUUCAUGGCAAGACAGAAAACUGGCAGAAUGUGCACAGCUGAAGAGGUGGCGUACCUGUGUGUAUACCUGGCCUCAGAUGAGUCUGCCUAUGUGACUGGGACGGAGCACAUCAUCGAUGGAGGAUGGAGACUCUGAUUAUGACAGUAGUGAAGACUACUAUUCUUAUUUGAAGGCCAAAUGGAAGUGCACAAAAUUUGACUUGAUCAUGUUUUUGAUUUUGCAUAUUUUGUUCACUGAUUCUGUGUGACGACAUUUCCAAUUUUCCAACUUAAAUCAAUGCUGCAAAUUUGUGAAAUAGCUACAGUGCACUGGUGUUAUCACCUUAUUAUAAAUAUUGUUAAAUAUACAAAACAAUCUGUUUUCAGGCUUUAAAAAAUCUAGCCUGUGAUGGGAGACUUUGACCAAUCACAGGUCAUUUCAUUGAGAGAGCGUUCCUAAUGGCUGUGCUCCA